AUGGCAAGCUACAGUGAAAUAGCAGAGACACAAAAAUCCUUGGAGAAAUCGGUAAACAAGAUGCUUUCUAAGUUUGAGGCUAGAAUGAAGUCACCAGCAUCCAGAGCCACAGUAAGUAGUUUGAGCGAAGAAUUCUCCAGCUUCAAAGAUCACACAUUGGGCAUGUUGAAACUUCUACGAAGCCAAAUUAGUGCUCUCAGUAAUACUCAAGAUAUCUUAGAAAUGAGACAUAGAAGAAAAUAUCUUCUCUUCAAAGGGGUGCCGGAGGAUCCUGGUGAAAAUAUAGUUUCUUCAAUCACCAGUAUUGUAACAGAGCGACUCAAGAUCCCCGAUGUCUCUGCUGAUUCUUUCAAGGCAUGUCACAGGCUGGGUAAGCCGUCCGAGGGCCGGGCUAGACCCAUUCUUGUACGCUUUGCAGACAUGCGCCUAAAGUCCCUGGUUUGGCAGAAGAAGACAGCGUGUAAGGGAAGUACUUUUGCCAUAUCAGAGUUCCUUACACCACAUCGACAGGAAUUGUUCACUCAGGCGCGGAAGGCAUUCGGCAUGAAAAGCUGCUGGUCACUCGACGGGAACAUCUUCGUUAAGCUGUCCUCAGGUGUGCGUGAGCGUGUGGAGUCAAGCGAAGAUAUUGAUCGUAUCAAAGAUCCCCGCAACGUGCGCCAGUCACAGUCUUCGUCGACACCUGACCCUAAUGUGACCGAGGAGCAGAGCAGGACCGUUGGUGACUGCGGCGGCCAAGCUGGCCGGUCUCGACGUGAAAAGCCGGUAGCCUAG